AUGAUGAUGUUGCAGAACCCGCUGUUCCAGGAGUACAACACUGCUCUGUCGCAGUUGCUCGAACUGCACCAACAGCAACACCGGUACCAUCACCAACAACACCAGCACCAGCAGCACCAGCACCAGCAGCACCACCAUCACCAGCAUCACCCCAACAGACAACAGCUUCACCGUGCAUCCGUGAACGGGUCGUCCGCAGCAGCAGCAGCCGCCGCUGCAGCAGCCGCAGCAGCGGGAGUUUUCCAGAGUUACUCGGGUGGCGUGAGGACGGCCAGCCGGGACAGCGCCGAGUCGGACGGGCUGAGCUCUUCGUCGCCCAGGCCUUCUAAGCCGUUCACCAUCGACGCGAUACUCGGACUUCAAGCAGGCGCCGCUGUGGGCCAGUCGGCCGCCGCGCUGCCGAUCGACCCGUCCACUACUGGCCCGGUGGCCGCGCUCGACUUUUCCACCGGUUCGACAGCGGCUCACGGCAAAAAACUCCGCGAAGACAAAAUUGAAGGUUCCAGUAAAAAACACGGUUGUUCUGGUAAAUCAAAAAGAGUACGAACAAUAUUCACUCCGGAACAAUUGGAGAGGUUAGAGAUGGAAUUCGAACGUCAACAAUACAUGGUGGGUCCAGAAAGACUAUAUUUGGCUCACACAUUACAGUUAACGGAAGCACAAGUUAAAGUUUGGUUUCAAAAUCGUAGAAUAAAAUGGCGAAAACAACAUCUGGAAAUACAGCAACAGAGGUUGGCCAACAUACACCAACGGAGUUCGCAGGGAAUGGUCCAAGAGGGAGAAGAAGACGAGGAUUCGGAAACGGAAACGAAUAAUUGUUCAUAUUACUCAUAA